AUGUUCUGGAAGAAUCCGUCUGCGCUGACCCAAGUGCUGAUCGUGGCCAUGGUGUGCUUCACGUGCCCUGGUCUGUUCAAUGCACUGAACAGUAUUGCCGCGGGUGUGGCUGACGAAACCAUCAAUUAUAACGCGACGGCGUUGCUGUACGCUUGCUUUGCGCUGUUCGGUCUGUUUGCCGGCGGUGCCGUGAACGUGAUCGGGCCCAAGUACACGCUGUUCAUCGGCACGUUUGGUUACAUCAUGUACGCUGCGUCUUUGCUGGUGAUGGACAAGAACUACGACACCGUGGCCAAGGUUUACAGCAGCGGCGCCACGGCGUUCUUCUAUGCGUCGAACGCGGUGAUCGGUAUCUCUGCGGGUUUCUUGUGGACGGCGCAAGGCCAGAUGUGCAUGGCGUACCCCACGUCCGAGACCAAGGGCACGUACUUUGCGUACUUUUGGGUCAUCUUCAACUUGGGGGGGUCUCUCGGGGGCUUCUUGUCGUUCGCGACCAACUACGACAACAAGGGCGAGGCCGCCACGACGUCGACGUACGUGGUGUUUUUGAUCUUGAUGUCGUGCGGCGCCUUGUUUUCGCUCGUGUUAGCCGACCCCAACAACGUCGUGCGUAACGACGGCACGAUGGUCAAGGUGGAGCGUUUGCCCAACCCCGUGUCCGAGUUCGUGGCCACGCUCAAGACGUUCUUGGACCCCAAGAUGCUGCUCAUGUUCCCGCUGUUUGCUUUAUAG